AUGUCGGUUGCUGCCCCACAGGUAUUCGCCGACCAGCAGGUCUCUGGCGAUCACGAGCAGAACACCGCCAACCUCGAAGAGAAGGGUAUUGCUCCCAGUAACUCGGACUUCUUUCCCGAUGCCGACGACAAGUCACCCGGUGUCCUCCGUGUCGAGGCCAUCGCCAAGACGUUUACGAGCUGGCACAAGGUCAUCCUCUUCUUUUCCCUCUUCCUGGUAGCCUACGCCUAUGGUCUCGAUGGCACACUCCGUAACACGUUCCAGGUCUACGCGCUCGCCGCAUUCGGUGCCUCCGCCCAGACGUCGACGGUGACCGUCGUCCGCUCCAUUGUGGCUGCCUGUGUCCAGCCUGUCUACGCCAAAGUGUCCGACUACUUUGGUCGUAUCAGCAUCCUUGUCAUUUGCAUCUUCUUUUACUCUCUCGGCAUUAUUGUGCAGGCGACCGCCAACAAUGUUGGCGCCUUUUCCGGCGGCGGUCUCCUCAACCAGAUCGGCUACACUGGCGUGCAACUUUUGGUCGAAGUGAUCAUCGCCGACACUUCGAGCCUCCGCAACCGACUCUUCUGUUCGUACAUCCCCGCUGCGCCUUUCCUCAUCAACGCGUGGAUUUCGGGCAACGUCGCCAACGCCGCCCUCACCUCGGCCGUGUCUUGGCAGUGGGGUAUCGGCAUGUGGGCCAUCCUCUUCCCCGUCAUCACCCUGCCACUUGCCUGCAUCUUUUGGUAUGCUCAGGUGCGCGCCAAGCGCCAGGGUAACUUUGAAGGUCUCCCCGAGCUCAAGUUGGCCAGCGUCUCCCUCUGGAAUGACUUCUUUUGGAAGGUCGACGCCAUCGGUCUCUUCUUUCUGGCGGCCACCCUCGCCCUCAUCCUCAUUCCUUUUACUCUGGCCGGUGGCACCAAGAGCCUCUGGGCAACGGCUCACGUCAUUACUCCUUUGGUGAUCGGCGUUGUGGUUGCCCUCCCCCUGUUUGUUGUCUGGGAGCUCAGGUUUGCUCGCCACCCACUGUUCCCCAAGCGUCUCUUGAAGGAGCGCCAGAUCUUCUGCGCGCUCGCCAUGGCGGCCUUGUUGAACACUUCAUGGUACUGCCAGGGCGACUACCUGUACUACACGCUAGUCAUCGCCUUUAACCGCGACAUUAUCUCGGCCACCCGUGUCACCAUGGUGUACAGUUUUGUCUCCGUGGUCAUUGGUUUUACGCUCUCCAUCAUUGUGCGAUACGUGCGCCGCCUCAAGUCGUUUAUCGUCGCCGGUGCUGUCCUUAUUAUUGUCGCAUUCGGCAUUCUGAUCCGGUACCGCGGCGGCUAUUCCACCUCGGACUUUGCUGGUUUGGUCGCGGGAGAGGUCAUCCUCGGCAUCGCCGGCGGUCUGCUCCCUUACCCGACGCAAGUCCUCAUCCAGGCGGCGGUCAAGCACGAGCGCACUGCACUGGUCACGUCGCUCUUCUACUGCGCGUACAACGUCGGAUCGGCGCUGGGUAACACGAUUGCCGGCGGUAUUUGGACCAACACCAUGCCCGGCCACAUUCUCAACAACUUGAACAAGCGCGGCAUCGCCAACGCCACCGUCCUCGCGGGCGAGGCGUAUGCCGACCCGUUCACGUUCAUUGUCAGCUACCCCCCAGGCACUGCUGAGCGCGACGCACUCAAUGACAGCUACCGUGAGGUGCAGCGUUACCUGUGCAUCACGGGUAUCUGCAUUGCGGUGUUGCUGCUUGCCUUCUCGCUGGGUUUGAAGGACACGCGUUUGGGAGACAAGCAGAGUGACGACAACGCCGAGGAGGAUUCCAUCAAGGAGGAGGAGAAGAAUUAA